UAUGGAUUUUGUAGCCUGGACUCUUCCAGGACCUCUACGCUCUUGUGAAGUUGUAGUGCCAGCAUUCUGCUCUGGCUGGUAGUGUUACCAGUUGCACCAUUUUCGCACCUCAAAUAUCGCCAAUUGACCGCCAAAUCAAUCAACCCAUCAUGUUACGAAGUCUCCACACGGCUGCGCGUACAAACUUGGCCCCUACUAUCAAGCACCUUCUUGAGAAUCCACCAACGGCUUCGUCUCUUCUUACGUGCAAUGGACACAUCAAAUCGAUAAGACACUCCAAGAAUGCCGGGUUCAUCGACCUUUCGGACGGUUCGAACCAACACAGCUUGAGUGUCGUGUUCAAGAGCCCGUUGGACGUUUUGGCAGCACACCAGCUCAAGGUUGGCCAGAGCAUUUCGGUCAAAGGCAGUUGGAUCGAAUCCAAAGGAUCGCAGGACUAUGAGUUGGUCUUCAACCCACUGGAGCCCGACCAUGCCAUCUCGAUCAUUGGUGAUGUGGGCGAGGACUACCCGAUCCAGAAGAAGCUGAGUACUUUCCAACAUCUUCGUAACUUUCCCACAUUCAGACACAGAACAGCGACGUUAGGAUCCAUGCUUCGGUUCAGAUCAGUGGUGGAAUCCAAACUCAUGGACUUCUUCAACAGCCAAGACUUCACCAAAGUAGUACCACCAUUAAUCACAAGCUCUGAUUGUGAAGGUGCCGGUGAACAAUUCAAAGUUGAGUCGCUAACCAAUUCUGGAAAAGGAGAUUCCGAGGAAAACUACUUCUUCGGAAAACCCUCUUAUCUCACAGUCUCGACCCAAUUACAUCUCGAAGUGUUGGCAUUAUCCUUAAACAGAGCAUGGACUCUUACACCGUGCUUCAGAGCAGAGGUCUCUAACACUAAUCGUCAUCUCAGUGAAUUUUGGAUGCUUGAGGCCGAAAUGUGCUACGUAGAUGACGUUCACCAGCUUACUGCCUUUUCUGAAAAAUUGGUAAAGUACAUUACCAAUGAGCUUAGAAAUGGAGCUGGUGAGGAUUUGUUAAAUUCUAGAUUUAGCAGAGAAGAUGUGAAAAUUAUCAAAGCUAGAUGGGACUCGAUAUUGGAUAAAGAGUGGCCAACGAUUACCUACACUGAAGCCAUUGAAAUCAUCAACAGGGUAAUGAACAAAGGUAGACUGAAAAAUAGAUUACAAUGGGGUGAUUCUAUCCAAACUCCUCACGAAAAAUGGUUAGCUGGUGUUCAUUUCAACUCCCCCGUUUUUAUCACUGAUUAUCCAGCAUCUGAGAAACCUUUCUACAUGCCGAAGUCAAAGAACUAUGAAUCAGAAAGACCAACAGUAGCAUGUUACGAUUUGAUUCUCCCAGAAAUCGGAGAACUUAUUGGUGGAUCUGUUAGGGAGCAUCGCUACGACGAGUUGCUUGCAGAGAUGAAGGCUAGGGGAAUGAACCAUGAGGAUAUGGAAUGGUACCUUUCCACUAGAGCUCACGGAUCAGUUCCUCAUGGAGGUUUCGGUUUGGGUUUCGAACGUUUGUUGGCGUACUUAGGAGGUAUGGAGAACAUCAAAGAUGUGAUUCCAUUUCCACGGGUUCCACAAUCUUGUAGUUGUUAGUUAAACUACGAUGGGCCCCACAGUAGUUGCUGCAAACAGUUGCAUUCGAGAUGGAUGACACCUACAAAAAAGUGAAAUAACACCACCGGGCUGAACUUUUCCAUGUUCCCAAACCCGUUAUUGUUCACAACAACCCACAGGUUCUUUCGACCCUUGUUAGAAGCUAAGCGCUUCUGUCCCAAAAUUUGCCAUCGCAGAGUUGAUUUAUCCUCGCACUGGUCCAAAAUUUCACACCUUAC